CAUCUCCUAGUACACACAGUCUCCUCCCUACCUCCUCCUCAAUCCCGAUCGCUUCCUUCCUGGAUCUCGCCGCGAGCUCCAAGGUCUAGGCGGCGAUGCCUGCCGCGGCAGUCUCCGGCGGCGGCGCGGCCGACGCCGAGGAGCUGUUCCGCACGAGACGCAUCCCGGAGAUCCGCGCGGCGGAGGGCGCCACGCGCCGCGAGAUCUCCGCCAAGGAGGAGGAGCUCCGCCAGCUCGUCGGCCGCAGCUACCGCGACCUCCUCGACUCCGCGGACUCGAUACUCCUCAUCAAGCAGUCCUCCGACGCCGUCUCCGGCAACCUCUCCCGCAUCUCCGACUCCCUCGCGUCGCUCGCGCCGCCCCCCGAGGCUCCCCCCGCCGCAUCGCCCUCCCCGUCCGGCGGGCGGGUCCGGCUCUACGCGUCGGCGGCGCGCGCCAAGUACCUCGUCGACACCCCCGAGCACAUCUGGGGGCGGCUCGACGAGGGCCUGCUCCUGGAGGCCGCGGGGCGGUACGUGCGGGCGCAGGUGGUGCACGGCGUGCUCUCCCGCGACGCCGCGGCGGCCGCGCGGUUCCCGCUGCUCGCGCACCAGGCGCAGCUGGUGGAGGCGUUCCGGCCCCAGAUCGCGCAGCGCGCUCGCGAGCGCCUCGCCGACCGCCGCCUCUCCGUCGCCGCCCACGCCGACGCGCUCGCGGCCGCUGCCUCAAUCGACGCACCGUCGCUCACCCCGACCCAGGCACUCCAACUCUUCCUCUCCUCCCGCCGCGCCUGGAUCUCCCAAGCCCUAACCACCCUUGCCUCCGAUCUGACCUCCUACUCCUCCGUGCUGUGCGAUGUCGCCAAGAUCGUGCGUGUCACGCUGGGCCAUGUCGGGCAGUUGUUUGUGCUUGCGCUCAAUGAUUUGCCACUGUUUUUCAAGACGGUGCUCGAUUUGCCGCCCCCUUCACAGCUGUUCGGUGGCAUUCCAGACCCUGUGGAAGAGACACGGUUGUGGAAAGAACACUGGGAUCAACUUGAGGCCACCAUGGUGCUACUUGAGCCAGAUGCUGUUGCAAGGACUUGUACAGAUUGGCUGAAGGGAUGCUGUGAUGAGAUUUUUGGUGUGAUUGCUGGAGGGCAAAGACUAGUUGAUGCCAUUGAGAGUGGGGAAGGGCUUGGAUCAGUGCAAAGACUUGUGCGGGAGGCAUUAGAUGGGAGGGAAGGACUGGAAGGGACUCUGGAGCAAUGGCUGAAGAGUGUGUUUGGAUCAGAGAUUGAAUCACCAUGGGAUCAGAUCCGUGGCCUCAUCUUGAAGGAAGGGAAGGACAUUUUUGAGGAUUGGAUGGAAGAAGCCUUUGUGCAACGGAUGAAAGACAUUGUGCACUUGGAAUUCGGCAGCUUGGAUGAUAGUGUAAAUAUUAAGAAAUCAAUUGAUGGUAUUGGUGCCAAUGCUGAUCCAAAGGAUGCCGGUGAUUUCAUGGUGUAUUUGCGGAAAGUUUCAACUGGAGGUGGUGUCUGGUUCUCUGAGUCUAAGAUCAAGAAAGGUGGAAUUUUGGCACAUUUGAAACCGAUUGCUGAUGAAAAUGAUUUCCACAGCUGCCUUACCUCAUAUUUUGGGCCAGAAGUUAGUCGCAUCAGGAAUGCAAUUGACAGCAAAUGCAAGACUAUCCUUGAGGAUCUGUUAAGUUUUGUGGACUCGCACAAUUCUGCUCCCAGAUUGAAGGAGCUGGUGCCAUACCUCCAAGAGAAAUGCUAUAAGACCAUCUCUGGGAUACUGAAUGGAUUGGAAGCUGAGCUUGGAAAAUUGUCUGCUUCCUUGAGAACCAAAAAAGGGGAGAGCAAUAUGCUUGCAGCAUCUGUUAUCGUGGAGAGAUCUCUCUUCAUUGGCCGCCUCAUGUUUGCAUUGAGAUACCACUCGAGUCAUGUACCCUUGAUCCUAGGAUCCCCAAGGCAGUGGGUAAAGGAGGCUGGUGGUGCAGCAUUUAUGAGAUUAUCGUCGCCCUCACCAAGACAUUCAAGAGCAUCGUUUGAUACAGCGAUGCCUUUUACCCCCAGGAGGCACACACAGUCAAGCCCAAGGAGUCCUGGAAGGCAAUUUUCUGACAACCCCAGAAGACAAACUAUUGCUGCUGCUGCUUCCCUAUUUGGUGCUGAUGAUAGCUCCAAUCCCAGACUUGAUGAACUAAACAAGACCUUACAGGCACUCUGCAUUGCAGCCCAUGGAUUGUGGAUAGCAUGGUUGUCCACUGAAUUAUCACAGCUUCUCUCAUAUGACCUCAACAAAGAUGAUUCAUUGUCCUUAUCAACCCCUUUACGGGGAUGGGAAGUCACAGUCAUCAAACAAGAGGAAUCCACUGAGGGCCCCUUGGAGAUGCAAAUAGCACUUCCAUCAAUGCCUUCACUGUACAUUAUAUCCUUUCUUUAUCAAGCAUGUUUGGAGAUUCAUAAAAUUGGAGGGCACAUCCUGGACAAAUCUAUAUUGCAAAACUUUGCAUGGGACUUGUUACAGAAGGUUAUUGAUAUCUAUGAAAGCUUUUUGGUAUCAAUCGAGUCUGGUAAAUCUCUGGUUUCAGAAAAGGGGGUUCUGCAAAUACUGCUCGAUUUGCGCUUCAUUGGCGAUGUUCUGUCAGGAGGCAAAAGUUCUUCCACCAAAACUACUGAAACACAGAGAACACAUGACUCUUCGCCAAGCGCCAUUGCUAAGACUUCCUUCAGGAGAAAACAGUCACAAUUGCAGGCAGAUUCAGCUACCAUAGAGCCUAUAAACAAGCUGAUCAAUAAGUUCUCACAGAGAUUGGAUCCGAUAGACUGGGCUACGUACGAACCUUAUCUGUGGGAGAAUGAGAAGCAAUCUUACAAGCGCUAUGUUGUUCUUUUCGGCUUCUUGGUUCAACUGAAUCACAUGUAUACUGGAACUGUGCAAAAGUUACUGACUAAAUCAAAUACAGAUUCAAACAUUAUGAGGUGCUCCCAAGUCCCAAGAUUCAAAUACCUACCGAUCAGUGCCCCAGCUCUAUCAUCAAGAGCACACAAAUCAUCAUUACAGUCAACAUCCGAUGAUUCCACAUCUAGAAGCCCUUGGAAAUCAUAUUCAAAUGGAGAAAGAUCUACGGCAUCAGAAUUUGAUGAUAAUGUUAGCCUUGGAGGUGCUGCUCCAUUGCUCAAGUCAUUUGUUACCCAGGUUGGGAGCAAAUUUGGGGAGAACACUUCAAGAUGGGGGUCCAUAAUCUCUGAUGGGCAGGUUGGCAAACUCAGCGACAUUCUUCCUGGACCAGCAGCUGGGUUCUUCUCAUCUUUCACAUCUGGGGCUCGAUAUGAUCCAUAGUCACUGUUUAAUCCUUGAUCUUCACCCCAUCCUAUAUGUUAAUACAAAUUGACAUGCGUGAAUGGCUAAACUGUCGAGGGACAACAUGAUCUGCGCCAUUGGAUAUCUGUUGCUUACAGAAGUAUGCCACAGCUGGGAACCUGGGACUGCAUAACUUGGCUCGACCUACAGCGCCCCUUAACAUUUUACGUGAUUGAUCUUCAAUGGUGAAGCUCAAUUGGCGACUCGCUAGUUCUGCCUAUGUACACUACAGAUAUGGAAGUUGUCGCGAUUUGGAGAUUAAGGUGCAGUUUUGGUGUGCUUCAUGAUUGCAGUUUUACAGGGUAUAUAGGGGAAGCAAGUGCAACUUACUACUGAUGUUAGUACGCUCUUUGUGGGGGCUCGAUCAAGUUGUGGAUAGGCCACAUGUAUUCGUGCAAAAGAAUUUUGGAGUCCAUUCAUUCUUUUUCUUAAUUUCUCUUUUUUUUUUUUGGCUCGGAGGUUUGGAAGAUGUUUUAGAUUUGAACAGUCCUGAACCGCAGCGAUCAUGGCUUUCAAAGCUUGAGGGUAAAUUCACACAUCUGUACACUUGAAAAUAUCAAUAAAGCGUGUAUCUUUUCCCUUAAA